UCCAGAUCAUGGCGAUCACGUCGCCCAUACACUAGACGGGGGUGGAGGAGCCCGCUGACGGUCAAGACGCAGUUUCGGUUAAUUAACAUCAGCAGCUUUGAAAAUGCACCAAUAGAUUGCGACAACCGACCCUUUUACGGAAAUACUGUUAUUGCAACAUGUGUCAGGAAGGACAAAACUAAACUUCCGGGUGCUGUUUGCGAGCCAUCAGCCGGUAAAUAACCUGACGGCAGAAACGUCAGCGUGUCACCGCCAUGAGGGUUGUAUAUUGUUAAUACGUGAACUAAACAUGCCACAGAUAUAGCGCCGACAAGACCGUAUUCUAUCGGCAGGAAAUACAACGAUACGCAGAUAACUGCUUCGUGUACAGUGGAGAGAACAAAGCAGGAAUUCGAGUCUCUACAGAUUGCUGUUUGAGGUAACACCGUUUAUUAAUGGCAAUCAGAAUCCAAACCGCUCCGCCCUGUACGUCCUCGUCACCCUGCUGGAUGAGUUAAGUGUUGCGACUGAAUGUCAAAACAGGCUCAAACUGCAACAAGAAUCAAGCAACAAAAAAAAGUGCUAAUGGCUCAUACUAUAUGUUGGACACGAAGCUGCAAUAAAAAUGAUGUAUUUAUAGAUUAACCUGUAGGGUCACGCAAAGCGUUGCUGUUCGGAGAUUUUUUUGUGGGGGGGGGGGGAAGGAGAUGGGCGGGCUCAGGUUUGAUUGACAGGGGCCAUCGCGUAGGCGCCAGUUCUCUCUGAGGGCGGUGGCGCGGGCCAAGGGGGUGGGGCGGCCUCUGAUUGGCGGCCGCCGGAGGUCGGGGUUGAGCCGGUGACCAAUCAGCACCGGCAGAGUGCGCGAGCGGCCGUGCGUCGUGGCCGCGGGGCUUUUGCGUGGAGACGCCGGCCGUUGGAUGGGAACGGGGGUAACCGCAGUGUUACCACAGGGCGCUGUAAUUACCCCCUGUCAGAGCAAACCCUGAGCCCGUGACUGAGUCAAACCUCAUCUCUCACUGCUUCCUCAGGUUAUAUCAACGACGCUUCUUGUUUUUCUUCAAGGGCACAGCUUUCUAACGGCUGUCAGGUGGUGCAACCUCAUGGCCGGACUCCCUGGUUGACCUGCCCGUGCGCUUUGUUUCUUCUCCAGGGUGAAACGCUGCAAUCUGCUGGCCUCCAUCUCUUGGUGUUGUUGAGGGGACGGACUGUCCACCCCGCGCCAUUUCCCGCUGGCCUGAGGAUUGUGGGAGUCCGCCUGCAAUUGCGUCGGCGGCCGCGGAGUGGCGCUGCCGAGCGAUCCGGGCCGCAACAACAACUACCACUACAACAACAACCACCACUACAACAACAACCACCGCCACCAGCGCGACCACCGGAUGAAAGGGAGGGGAAGGGGCAAAGGAAACAGCUGCCACCAAACCAGCGCGACCGCGGACAGGAGCAGUUCAAGCAAUCUAGGCUACGGACAGUCAAAAUCAUCCAAAGACUUGAGCACGGCGCCUGCCUUAGCCCAUCCCCAUGAACAGCCUACAACGUCUGAUUGUGCAGAGCCCCGACAAUUCGGGUGCUAUUCCGUGCAAUUCAGGAUGCAUGUAUCGGAUUGUGCAAACUACUGGUCUGGAUGGGAAGAACCUCCUGAAACUAAUACCACUUUCCAACAUGCCUGGACACUACAUCCCAGCCAUUUCUCUUCCCAUUUCUGUGCCCACCACUGCUACCUCUUCCAAAGUAAAUGUGUCAACCGUGUUUCACGUGACAGCAUCACCUAAAACAACAACUUGUAAUACGCCAACGUGUUUUCCUGUGUUACAGCAUGCCAAUACAGGAAAGAUUCUAAUAACAUCACUGGAAGGAUCAACCACCCAAAGUGGAACAUCUCCCAUCAAUCCCUCACAGAAAAAUACAUUUCCAGCAUCAGCAGUUGCAUCUUUGCAAUGUCCUAAUCUACCAUCAGUUACUUUGCCCAGUCUGCCUGUGCAGAAGAUACAAGCUCCUCCCAGUUUAACUACAGGUCAAAAGUCUUCUAAUCUGAGAACAGUUAGUUUGCCUGCUGUACCAGUGCAGGCGACCCAAGCAUCUUCUACUUUGGCUCCUGAUCAAAUAAUUUAUAAUCUAUCAACAGCCACCUUUCCUGGUCCAGCUGUACAGACCACCCAAGCAUCUUCCACUUUGGCUAUUGACCAGAAGACUUACAUGCUUUUAAAGUCUCCAGUGUUGCCUGCUGGUCAUCAUCUUCAGAUCCCUGCAAAUGCAGAAGUCAAAUCUGUUCCAGCAUCUUCUCUGCCCAUUGCUAUCCGGCAGAAGAUCUUGUCUACUACAGCGUCCAAUUUCGCUAACACAACUGCAUCAACAAAGUCAACUCCAACUGUCAUCUACGUUUGCCCAGUGAACACAGUGAAGACAGUGCAGAAGCGCCUCCCAAAUAUUCGUCCCAAGAACAUUUUGAACAUGACCACAACUUCUACCACUGGCGAUAGCCCUGCUCUGAGUACUAAUACACCUCCUGUUGUUGCCUGUGGUGAAGUUGUUUCUAAUGCUGAGCAAAAUUUGUCCAAGGAUAGUCCAAUGAAAUGGAUUGUGCAGGCCAGUCCGCAGUCUGUGGCACACUGCCUUAUUCCAGUUAAAUCUUCCAACAAUCUGGCUUCAGAGAUCUUAAAGAACUUGGCUGAUCAGCAAAACAUGGAGAGCGCCACUAACCUGAUACCGUUACCAGCUACUGCGACUGCACAAAUAGACUCUGACUUAUUUUCUCUAUUCAAGGAAAAUGCCCUAGUUAUGUACAAUGGUAAAGUCUACCUAGUCGUGCAGAAGAAUGGUGGAUUGCCCAGCUCACGCCCUGAAAAUUCUUCAGCUUCCACAAAUCAAGCAGAGAUAGACUCUACAUUGUCUGCUGUUGCAUCACCGACUGGUUUACUAACAAAAAUCAAAGAAGAACCAGAGGAUCCUGAUCCUAAACCUGUUACACAGGAGAACAAAUUUAUAAAUCGGCCAAUAGAUUCGUGUAGUACAACAGCCAAUGACCAGGACAGGAGUCAAGAUCUUCCAGGCACUCUGCAUGAGCAUUCUGAGUCGACUUGUGGGACUACAAGAGGGGAAACCGAUGAACAGUUGUUGAAGAAAGCAGGAAUUUACACCUCUGUGCGAAUCUGCCUCACCAGAAUAUCCCAAAAGCAGCUGGACCUGUGGACCAGAGAUGUACAGUUGGACAGACAGAGGAACACUUCCACCGCAAACUCUAAGCCACCGGAGUUACAAUCUCAACUAUCUAUGAAAAUAGAUAACAUAAAGACUGAAGCAGUUUGCAAACAGACGCAAGUGAAUUUGAUGCCUCCAGUCAUUAAAACAGAGGCGCCUAUAGAGAUAGAGUAUAAUGCAACCCACACAAAGGAGAUUGAGGUGAAAGUGGAGCCUGAAUCUCCAGUGAAAAGAAAAGCAGAAAGCAUUCAGUCUUCACCAGCAGUUAAGAAACAAUGCCUAAAACGAUUCAUUCCAAACUGGGAAUCUGAGCAUGCCUACAGCUGCCUUCCUGUGUACAAUACAGAAGAACCCUCCCAUGAUACAGAAGCAACCUCCCAUGAUACAGAAGCAACCUCCCAUGAUACAGAAGCAACUUCUCAUGGUAUAGAAGCAACCUCCCAUGAUACAGAAGCAACCCCUCAUGUUACAGAAGAACCCUCCCAUGAUACAGAAACAACCUCCCAUGUUGACUCUCCCUGUGAACAGGAGACAUCCACCAGCUUUCUUGAGCCUACCUCAGUGCUAAAGGAGAGCAUUGGAAUGGACACCCCGUCCGGGAUAACUUUGGGAAGUGGGACAGAAAGUGCAUCCAACUGCUCAGCUGUCUCCACAGACUCUGUUCCUAUGGCCAGCACUUCAUCUCCUUCAGUGGAAUACUCUGUUCCAACUGAGAUCAGUGCAGCAUGCAGUUACACUCCUCUCCCUCCCUCAAGUAUAGAUGAAACUACACGUGAUGAGAAGAUCAAGCGGCUGAAGGCGAUUCUGAAGGAGAAAGAGGCUGCGCUGGAGGCAAUACGGAAGAAAAUGAUGAGACCCAAAUCGCCAGAGAAGAGCAAAGGCGGCCACAGCAAGUGCUCCUCGACAAGUAAGAAGUCACGAUGUAAGAAGUGGCUAUUGAACAGGGAGUCGGAACACGCGUACAGUUGCCUCUCGGGAGCUCCCGCUGCCGGAGGCGGCCACGGUAACCCCCAGGUGUCGCGGGCCAGCUCGGGAGCAGCGGUAAACACCGCUCUCGCGGGCAGCUCGGCUCCCAGCCAGAAACCCCUCACUCCGGAGGAGGGGCUGCCUCCUAUCAGCGCCGAGAAAAGCACACGGGACGAGAAAAUCAAACGGCUGAAGGAGAUUCUGAAGGAAAAGGAAGCGGCGCUGGAGACGAUCCGGAAGAAGAGAGUUUCCAUGCCCUUGACCUAGGUUUAUCCAAGAAUGCAGGGUCCUGAUCAUUCAAGAACUGGUGUGCACCAUUUUGUGUGAUUUGCAUCUCGCCUUCGAGGUUACAGUGAUUCAUAUUGGAAGUGUUUUCUCUUUUUAAAUGUUAUUUUCACCGGCAUUGGAUAGAAUAUUUGCUAUCUCACAUUGGAGUGAAGUUAGCUCUUUAUAAUGAGGGUGACAAUUCUAAAAUAUUGUACAAUGUAAAGGACGUUUUAACUCAUGUUGGUUUGUUGAGUAAAUUGUAACGUUUCUGUACAAUUGUUUUAAUAUACAUUAAAUCAGAAUGUGCAUUUCA